CAAGAUAAUAAGUGGGAGUAGUCUAAUUAAUUAAGAAAGAAUUAUUGUGUAUAUAUACAUCUGCCUUCCUUUUCUGGUAUGGCGCGCCGCAUCACACUCUCCAACUCCCGACUCCCGCUAGCUCAAGAAUGAAGAAUUCGGCGUCGGACGAGAGUUUGAACUACGUGGAAAGCGAGGACGACGUCGAUGAAGAGAACAAGGAUGUCAACGGCGGCGGCGGGAAGUACGGGCUCAAUCGGCUGGCUUCCGAGGAGUCCGUGGAGGAGCCCGGUGACGAUCGGCAUGCCUCCCACACUCCUUCUUGGCCUCAAAGUUACAGGAUGUCGAUGGACAUGUACAGUAGUGUGUCACCAACGAUUAACUUCCUCAAGAGCCCACUGUCCAGACAAGGCAGUUCAUUCCUGAGAGUGAGAAGAAGGCCAACUUCUGAAGUACUAGUCACCGAAGCAGCAGUACCCUUGUUACUGCACGAUGAUCAAGACCAUCACCAUUACCAUUACGACGACGAAAAAGGGCACCGUGUAGUAGUGAAGCAAGAACAACUGCUGCAGAAAUCUUCCCAUCACCUCUCACUCGGUGGUCUUCCUUCGCAAGUCGAUUCUCCCGCUCGCAAGAGCUCGUUUGGCCAAGCACUACUUAACGGGGUGAAUGUGCUGUGUGGGAUCGGGAUCUUGUCGACACCAUACGCAGUGAAGCAAGGAGGAUGGUUGGGGUUGAUUGUGCUCCUCCUGUUUGCACUCCUCUCUUUCUACACCGGCCUGCUCCUUCGAUACUGCCUUGACACCCACCCGGGCCUCCAAACCUAUCCUGAUAUUGGCCAAGCCGCCUUUGGCACCACUGGUCGCAUUGCUUUCGCGGUCAUCUUGUACGUGGAGUUAUAUGCUUGCUGUGUUGAGUACAUCAUUCUGGAGAGCGACAACUUGUCGGCAUUAUUCCCAAAUGCUCAUCUAAGUUUGGGUGGUGUAGUUGAGGUGGAGCUGGAUCCCCACCACUUGUUUGCAUUCCUAACCACCCUUGCCGUGCUCCCCACAGUCUGGCUUCGAGAUCUCAGUAUUCUCAGUUACAUCUCCGCUGGUGGAGUAGUUGCAAGCAUAGUGGUGGUGGUGUGCUUGUUGUGGAGUGGGGUAGUGGAUGAGGUCAACAUUCACAGCAGUGGGAGAGCGGUGAACUGGGGCACUCUGCCGGUGGCCAUUGGACUCUACGGCUACUGCUACCAGGGACAUGCUGUGUUCCCAAACAUCUACAGCUCCAUGGCCCGCCCAAACCAAUACCCUGCUCUCCUCCUCGCAUGCUUCAUUGUGUGCACGGUGAUGUACGUUGGAGUUGGGGUGAUGGGGUACACCAUGUUCGGAGAAGCCACCGAGUCUCAGUUCACCCUUAACAUGCCUAGCCAUCUGCUUGCUUCCAAGAUCGCUGUCUGGACCACGGUGGUCAAUCCGUUCACCAAAUAUCCUUUCCCAACAUUUGCUGAUCGAUCGAUCACGUAUGCCCUGACAAUGACACCGGUGGCAAUGAGCCUGGAGGAGUUGAUACCAUCAAACAAGAGGUCCUACCUUCACGUCAUUGCCAUUAGGACGCUGCUCGUCAUCUCCACCUUGGCUGUGGCCAUCUCUGUCCCUUUCUUCGGUCCCGUCCUCUCAUUGAUCGGAUCACUGCUCACCAUGUUUGUGACCCUCAUCCUUCCUUGUGCUAGCUACUUGAGCAUUUUGAGGAAUAAAGUGAACCGUUACCAGGUUUCAUUGUGUGUAUUAGUCAUCGCAGUGGGGCUAAUCUGUUCAGCAUUUGGCACAUAUUCUGCCGUAUUAAGCAUUGUUCGGAGUUUGGGCGCCUAAUUAUCAACUCACGUUACUUACUUUUCUUUGGCAAUUAUGACAUCCAACUUCGUGGUGGAUCUUUUGUCUUCUUUAAUCUCCUUCUGUAUUGGGUUGGUUUCGUAUGUACUUGUUUUAUUUAAUUUGUUUGACAAUUUUUCUUGUUUCCUCUUCAUAGAUCUUGCAUGCAAU